UUUAUACGCUUUACAGCCGCUGAAUCCACCUCUCAAUUGUUCAGAGACGCCUCUUUUCAAUUUUUCAUAUAAUCACAAGCAGCUCGGAAAAUCGAGUUCGGUAACCACAAUCCAUAGCAAUCAAUGGCGUCGCAGAUCGUGAGACGACUUGCUCGGAGCCGACCGUCUGGAAUUUUCUCCUCCACGAGCCCUAGUUUUUUUAAUCGGAGUUUUUCGUCGACGGCGCCACCCGAAUCCAACCUGAUCCGCGCCACUCUUUUCCCCGGAGAUGGCAUCGGACCGGAGAUUGCCGAGUCGGUCAAACAGAUAUUCAAGGUUGCUGACUGUCCGAUUGAGUGGGAAGAACACUUUGUGGGGACGGAGAUAGAUCCUAGAACUCAGAGCUUCCUUACAUGGGAAAGUCUUGAAUCUGUGAGAAACAACAAAGUUGGUCUGAAAGGCCCUAUGGCCACACCAAUUGGUAAAGGCCAUCGGUCUCUUAACCUUACCUUGAGGAAAGAGCUCAAUCUCUAUGCCAAUGUGAGACCUUGUUACAGCCUGCCUGGAUACAAGACUAAAUAUGAUGAUGUUGAUCUCAUUACUAUUCGUGAAAACACAGAAGGAGAAUAUAGUGGACUUGAACAUCAGGUGGUGAGGGGUGUUGUGGAAAGUCUAAAGAUCAUCACACGCCAAGCAAGUUUGAGAGUUGCUGAGUAUGCUUUCUACUACGCUAAGGCCCAUGGACGACAAAGAGUAUCUGCUAUACAUAAGGCCAACAUCAUGCAAAAAACUGAUGGUCUUUUCCUUAAGUGUUGUCGAGAGGUAGCGGAAAAGUACCCAGAGAUCACAUAUGAAGAAGUUGUCAUUGACAAUUGCUGUAUGAUGCUUGUAAAGAAUCCGGCUCUUUUUGAUGUGUUGGUGAUGCCUAAUCUUUAUGGUGACAUUAUCAGUGACCUUUGCGCUGGCUUGAUUGGAGGUUUAGGCUUAACUCCUAGCUGUAAUAUUGGUGAGGGAGGGAUUGCGCUUGCUGAAGCAGUGCAUGGUUCUGCACCUGAUAUUGCUGGAAAGAAUUUGGCAAAUCCGACAGCAUUGCUCCUGAGUUCUGUGAGUAUGUUGCGGCAUUUGAAGCUCCAUGAUAAAGCGGACAGAAUUCAGGAUGCUGUACUGAAGACGAUAGCAGAAGGGAAGUACAGAACAGGUGAUCUUGGUGGUAAAUCAACAACAACUGAGUUCACCAAUGCAAUCUGCGAUCACCUCUGAACCGAAUCCGGCACUUGUACAUCUUGAUUCUUUUCUGGCAGCAGUUCAACAAGAAGAGGCUGUUGACUAAUGUUUUGUUUCAGCAAAUAUAGAUAUAGCCGUUAUUAGUUUGUGAAGCUUCAUGGAGUAACACAUAUCUCUCUCUCCAUUUAUUAGGAUUUGCAUCAAUUUUGCUCGUAAGAAGCAAAUAAAGCCCCUUCCCUUCAACUUAAUUACGGGUUAAAAAUAUAACCUUAUUAUAAGCAUUGCUCGAAUCUAUUCUCUACUGAGGGUUUUUCUGCCUCAGAAACAAUUACUACAGUACUAUUUUCUUCCUCUUCAA